AUCCCACGGGCGCGUCCCCGGUCGAAGUCUAGAUCAUGUCAUUGUCUCUUCCAACCUCUUGAAGACUUCGACAAAGGAUCAACCGCAACUCAACAACACUCUCAAAAUACAAGAAACAAGAAACAAAAAAAACAUCCACCACAGGACCGCCAAGAUGCCUAUCACCGUCAGCGUUCUCUACCCCAACGAUGCCGACGCCAAGUACGACAUCGACUACUACGUCAACCGCCACAUGCCCCUGGCCGCUGCCCAGUGGAAGUCCUCGGGCUGCCUGAGCUGGACCGUCACCAAGUACCAGGCGACCCCGGACGGCAAGGAGCCCAAGUUUGCCUUUGCCGGCAUCCUCACCUUUGAGAGCCUCGAGGCCGUCCACAAGGCCCUCGGCUCGCCCGAGAGCGCCGCCGUCAUGCAAGACGUCCCUAACUACAGCAACAAGGAGCCUGUGUUCCUGAUCGGAGAGGAUCUUAAGACUACGGCCGCGUAGAGAAAUUAACGUCACAGACGACGGAGAAUUUUUUCAGACAAGGAACAGGCGGUUAUGUAUGAAUGACAAACUGGUAACCACGGCAUUGGGGGAGGGGGAGGGGAAAUAUCACAAUU